CAAUCAUUGUUAACAGCGGAGCGGCUAACCAAUUGAUCGCCCUGCGAACAGGAAGUACUCGUCGAGAGAAACGUCCAUUCACCUAGGACGACUUAGUUAUAUUCUACUAAAUCGUUUUUUAUUGAUUUGCUUAGCCAUGAUUGAGCCAAAGAAGAGACCGGCGGACAUGGCUGUGGUUCCUGCCGGUGGAGUCAAGAGGCCCAGGGCCGAGCUGAUCGCUGCGGCACAGUCGCAACAACUCGUGGCCAUGGGCCCUCCCCGCAGCUCCAGCCUGCAGGCUCCUAUCAUGUUGAUGUGUGGCCAUGAGGGAGAGGUCUACUGCUGCAAGUUCCAUCCUAACGGGGCCACACUGGCCUCGUCUGGCUAUGACAGGCUCAUCUUGAUGUGGAAUGUGUACGGGGACUGUGAUAACUUUGCCACCCUGAAGGGACACAGUGGUGCUGUGAUGGAGCUUCACUACAACACAGACGGCAGCCUGCUGUUCAGUGCCAGCACAGACAAGACUGUGGGAGUGUGGGACAGUGAGACGGGCGAGAGGAUCAAGCGUCUGAAAGGUCACACCUCCUUCGUUAACUCCUGCUACCCUGCUCGCCGCGGGCCUCAGCUCGUCUGUACCGGCAGCGACGACGGAACCGUCAAGCUGUGGGACAUCCGUAAGAAGGGGGCGGUCCAUACGUUCCAGAACACCUACCAGGUGUUGGCCGUCACAUUCAACGACACCAGCGACCAGAUCCUGUCUGGAGGCAUCGACAACGACAUCAAGGUGUGGGACCUGAGGCAGAAUAAGAUGAUCUAUGGUAUGCAUGGUCAUGGUGAUUCUCUGACUGGCCUCUGUCUAAGCUCAGAGGGAUCCUACCUCCUCUCCAACUCCAUGGACAACACAGUACGUAUUUGGGACGUCCGUCCGUUCGCUCCCAAGGAGAGGUGUGUGAAAAUAUUCCAGGGGAACAUUCAUAACUUUGAGAAGAACCUUCUGAGGUGUUCCUGGUCUGCUGACGGCAGCAGGAUUGCAGCAGGCUCAGCUGACAGGUUUGUGUAUGUGUGGGACACCACCUCUCGUAGGAUCCUGUACAAGCUGCCAGGCCACGCUGGGUCAGUCAACGAGGUUGCCUUCCAUCCCGAGGAGCCUAUUGUCCUCUCUGGCGCCAGUGACAAGAGACUCUACAUGGGAGAGAUUCAGUAGGACUGUCGUGUGUGUGUGAGUGUGUUGUGAAUGUUCUGCCCCGGAGCCUUGUGUGUAUGGAUCCAGAC